CUGAAUUAAGGCGGACGUGUGUAAUUAAACGAUUAAAAUGCAUUUGUAAAUCGAUUACGAACAAUUGAUCGAUUACAAAUUAAUUAUUAUCAAAUUGGAUGAUAGAUUAAUAAAGGAUUAUUAUUUGGGUACAAUUUGGUGCAAUCGAGUCCAACCUUUGGUGUAUUAUCGAUUAUAACAUCAAUGUUGAAAGCUUUUGUCUAGGUCAAUAGGGUAUUUUCGUAUGACCUAAAGUAUGUAGUAUAGAUAGAUAAGAUAAUAGUGCAAUUAUUUGUUGUGAUCUGUAACUAGGUGAUUUAGAUAUUUAGGUGUUUAGUGGUGGUAAUAGAUUGUACAGUGUGGGUGUUUGUGAAGUGGUUUCUGUUUGUUUUGGGAUCUAAGGUUUCGUAAUAUCGCCGAUAUGUUUGGUGUUUUGAUGAAGAAAUGGAAACCUAAAAGAAUAUCAAACAAUGAAAGAAAUGAAAGCCCGGGGACAGAUGGCAGCGUCUCUCCAGAACCGCCCGACCGACCUCCCGGGAAGGUCCGACAAAUCCACCCGGAGCAAAAAGCUCAAGUACUAGCUUACGACUCCACCUAUCGUAAGAAGAACAAACCAAAGUCCCUCCCUCUGGAAGACAACCAAAUGUACAAUCACUUAGCAAACGCGAACGUUGCAAUGUCGCCAAUGUAUCCCUUGACACCGAACAUUUGUAUGGAGGGUGGGAAGAUCGAGUUCAUAAAGUCGCCGCCUGGCAGCGCGAGGAACAGCGUGGCGCUAGUGUCGCCCCCGCAAACUCCGUUGUUAAUGCGACGCGGUUCGAAAGAGAGACGCGAUGUGCGAGCGUGUAGCGACGAACCUGAGAAGUUCGAUGGAGAUAAGGAACUUCUAGAAAAGCGCAUCAAGCAAUUAGAGGAUCAGUUAGAGGAGGAGAAAAGGCGCACGCAGCGCGAGCGUAUGGCUGUCACCAAGCUGCAGAAUAAGCUUAUUAAGCGCGAGGGAGCGGCGCGCAACGAUGCGGAGCGCGAGCGGCGCGCGCGCGGCGACUGGGAGGCGCGGGCGCGCGCUGCCGAGGCCGACGCGGCGCGGCUCGCGGGCAAGCUGCACGCUGCACAGCGGGAGAUUGCCAGGAUGGAGGACACGGUGCGCUCGCUGCUACAACACAAAAGCCGCGUGGAAACUCUGAAGCAGGAGAAGGCCUCGCUCUCCUCCGCGCUGGAGGCGUCAGCAGCGCACUACCAGAGCCAACUGUCGGCGUUGUCGGCCGAAAACGAGAGGUUGCGCAACGAACUGUCGGCGUUGUCGGCCGGCGUCCACGACAGCGAUCACGAAAAGCGGCUGGACGAUGUCGCGCAACAAGUCGUGCGGGCCUUGCUCUCACAGAAGAGUGUACGAGAAGAAUUGGGUUGCGCGCGCGCCAGAAUACGUGAAUUGGAAGCACAAAACAGAGCGUUGAGCUCUUUGCUCGUGAGGCAGCUGCGGCCCCAACCGAGGCCUUCGCCCGCCACACCUCACACGCCGAUAACACCUCAUACACCACGAGACCUUCAAGUGCACUUGGUAGACGUUGGCUCCUGUGGGUCCCUGGUGUCGUUUCGGGACUCUCCCCCGCCCGCACCGCCCGCCCCGCAGCCGCACCCUUUGAGCCAGGACGACAAGCGCCGGCAUCAGAUCCUCGCUGACAUCUGGACUGAAUUAAAGGGUCUGGAAGUGACACCAGCUAACUUGGCGCGCGCACUGUCUGCCGUAGACCCGACGUUGUGGGCACCCCCUGCACGUCCAGCCACCCUCAGCCUCAGUGUGCCGCAGCCAUGCCCUGAUCAGGCUCCUGGUGCAACCAGGGAAAAGGUGACGGAAGAAGAAAACGGUGAAGCGGGGGCAGAAUCUCCAGAGAGCGGAGCCAAAGACGAGGGCUAUUCCACCAUGUCUAGUGACGUCCAAGCUGACGCAUCUAGGCAGAGUGACCAUGCGGCAGACAGAGCUCUGCCCGAUCUUAACGAGGCAUCCGACGAAACGGACAAUCAAACAAUCGUCUCCAUCAAUCCUCGGGAAACACGUCGCCAUGCCCGGUUACUGGCUGAAGCAGAUUAUAUAUAUUUUCCUAUAGGAGUAGCUUUUGCUGGUAUUAGAGGCAGUUACCCUCCUUCCAGACCAGUACUACCCUUUCAGCAUGUCGUAAGAAGCUUCUCAGACUCACACCUAUGUUUGAAACUUGUUGCGAGCACAACGUGUCCAACCAGCUGCCUCGAAACUCCUUCACCUAGCUCAGGUGUCUUACUGUUAGAUCUUAAGCCAGCACCGGAAAGACCAUUGAGAAGACCAGCAAUAGCAUCAACAACAAGUUCUGAAAGGGUUUCAUGGGGUAGUACACUUGAAGAUCGUGGUGAAGGCUCACAAUACGACGCUGAUUAUGUUCAACAUUGGCUAGAAUUAGAUGAUGCGAGGUCAGCUUUACAACAAAGACAUAGAGAUCUGGCAGAUUUAGAAUAUGAUAGAGCUGAAUUAGAAGACUGGAGCUUAUCUUUGUCGUGCGAGGAUUUACGAGAUAGGCAAUCUCCUUUUGCAGAAAUAACUACGCCGGGACAGAUAUCGCUCUCAACGUUACCUAGUAUUAGAGAAGAUGAUGCGCUAGAAUUAGAAGAAGACGUGGGUGAUUGUUUAUGGAAUGAUUGUGGAUUUGCAACAGUGGAAAUUGAUGAAUGCAGAAUAGCUGAUGAAGCGGAUAAUUCUGAAAAAAGAUGGGAGUACACAGGCACACAUUCCCCUGGUGGUUCAUGGUCCAGCGCGUCCGAUGUUCCCGAAAAGCACUCUAGUGCUGCUUUGAGUGAAGACGGUGAUUGUACUAAUGUAGGUUUAGAUUUUACGCGCGAUUUUUAUCGUCUUGUCAAAUAUGAAAGCACAAAAAGUUUAGCAUCAAAUUCAUCCAAAGUUACGUCUCAAGAUCCUGCCAACCACUUACGAAUUAAUGACGUCCAAACUGUAGCUCUACAAGAUCGUGAACAGGCUCUUCAAAAUGUACUUCACUUUAUUGCGGAGCAACAAAAAUAUUGUCGUGAUAGAGAGGAGUCCGACUCUAUGUCAUCCCGCCCAGCAUCUGAAAUUCGUGAACUACCUCCUCCCUACGCCGCAGCUGAUUUCGAUGACGACUCAGUCGACCCACGCAGUGAAGUAUCUGAAGAUAGACAAAGACCAGAUUCCUUUGGUAGCUUUUCCGAAAACGAUUCUUGUGACAUCACUCCUCUAGACAAGCCACGAGUCCCAUAUUGUGAUAUUGUAUCCGAGCCAAGAUCGACUCCUAGAUUUAUUGAAAGAGAAGAUCCCUAUGCUGAAUCCGAGGAUUACUACGAUAUAUCGAGAGUUGAAAAUGCGGAAAAUGAAAUAGAUGACCGUCAUCUUUUAAAAGUCCAACGAAAGAACGAGAUCAACAAGACCAUCGACAAUAGCAAUUCAGAGUUAGACCAACCAAGUAUAGUAAAAGAUGAGAGAUCUUGUGAUAUUGAAUCUAGUCGUAAUUUAGAGCAUAAUUCAGCUUUAAAAGAGAAUACGGUGAAUAUUAUGUUAAACUUGCAAACUCCGAUUGAGAGGGAUACAGAGACUAGUUUAGUAAAAUCAUCGAGUUUUCAAUUAUCAGCAGAAAGUGAAAUGUCACUCGUUGAUGAGGUGCUUAAUGCUUGUAGAAGACCUACAAACGCAUUAGGUACCGUUCCAGAAGAGGAGGAAAGUUCCUCACCUGAAACGAGCUCGCCUCAAAUGACUGAAUCAAAUACAACAAGCACGUCUACAGCUGAAACUGUGAUAAUAAGUAAUAAGAAUGACGGAGCUCAUAGAGACGUAAAACGCAGAAGUGAAAAGAGUCGGAUACCCACUUUAAUGGGAGGUAAAAGGCCGCCGUCUUCACCUCACAAAACAAGAUCUAAAAUUCCAGUUGCAGAAAAAAGUCGGGCUGGAUCGACACCAGCAGCUACGAACGCAGAAGCAAUAAUCGUGAAACAAGAAAACACUUUAAGUUUUCAUGAGGCAGCUACUUCCAAAGAGGUCAUUGAAGAACUUAAUAGAAUGAUUCGCCAAAGUGAAAGUGGAGCUGCGAUAGCAGAAGUUAAGAAUGAAGAGCGACAGGAAAAAACUUACUCUCAAAAGGACAGCGCACUAUGGGCGCCGACAGGAUGGGUGCAUGUUGAAAAAGAUAUAGACUUCAGUGAUCCUAAGGCUCGCGCGAACCUAUUAGACGUGAUGCUGGCAUCCAGUGACUCGUCUCCUUCAUCCUGUGGCUCUUCUCCUGCGGAACCACCACCACCAUACUCCCGCCUUCACCGACUACAUCGCUCCAGGAGACAGAAGACCGCGGCGGCUCUGCGCGUGCGGGGACUCGGCGCGCUCCGCCAGCCGCGCCACCGCCGCCCCUCCAUCCUGGGGAGGGACGGCUUCUUCGUGCGCUACGCGGAACCGGAGCGCGCAGCCGUCGCUACCUUCGACUUCCUCGACGACCUCUCCGCCGGCUCCUCUCCCGACCAGACCAGGCACUGUUCCGAUCGAUCGUCGUAGACGGCUUAACGAUUCGACUACGUCACUCGCGUAGUCGAAUGUGGCGGAUCCAGGGACUCAAACUAAAAACCAUCAAAGUUCUUCUAUGACAAAUGCUGAAGUGAACAUUUAAAUUGUUAAUCCUUUAAAUUCGUAUAAAUGUUUUACUAAUGUACUGUGUACUGUUUACUGGAGCCGCCACUGGCGUAGUCCACAGACGCGUGGUCAUCAUCAUAUCUACUUAUUAAACCGUCUGACAGAUAUGGUGGAAGCUAAUAAACCCUAUUAAAACCUGUCUAUUAAUUAGGUACCUCAUUUAUAAUAAAACGCCCUAUCAAUAAGAGAAAAAUAUAAUAAAAGAAAAAAUGUGCUUCGUCUUGUUUUGGACAGUGUAAUUUGACUUGAAUGUGUAAAAAUAAGACAAAACCCAUUUCUUCUUUCAAAAUAUAUUUGUAGAGGAAUAUAAUAAAAUUUUGAGGUACUGGUAAUGUAUGACUUGAAUAAACCGCGUCUUGUACUCGAUUAAAAAGUGUCGCUCAUUUAUCGAUAAAGAAAAAUAUUUUUCUACGUCGCUUGCUUGUGAUAUUCGGUCAUUCGACUGCUUUAUUGAUGUGACGUGAGCCAAAUAGUUACUAGUAGCGCGGCAGUCGCGCAAGGCUGCAGCUUUUUAGUGUCCGCCCUUUCGAUUAUUCGAUUCGAUUAGAUCGUAGGUGUAGUCGUAAAUCGAUUUAUAAUAAUUACGAGCACCUAGUAUUAUAAAGUUCUUCUUAGAUUCGUGUAGUGGGAGAAGGACAGAGAUAUUGAGGCGUGGAUAUGCGGUUUUAUGAGUUGGCGCUCGGGUUGAUUUGUUUGUUCAAAAUUGGUAAAAAAAUGCGCAUUAUAUCGCCGAUAUAGGGAUGUCAACUUUUGAAAUAUAAUACAAAUUACUAAUUUUAAUAAUAAUAAAACUUACGGACCACGUUUCCAUUGUUUUUUUUUUCAUAUUUUAAGUUAUGAAUAAUAUCUGAAACAGAAAAAAGGUACGAUAAUUGUAGGUAGAUACAAUAAAAUAAUAAAAAAAAAUAUUGUAGUAUGUCUACAAUAUUUUAGAUAAGUUGGCAUACCUAUAUACACGAUGGCUGCUUAAAAAUGUGUUUUACGGCAAACAUUCUUGGCGCUUGAUAAGCGAAACGGCGAAAACAGCUCAAACCCGAUGAUAAACGGUUGAUUACUUCCUGCGGUGUCUAGCUUACGCUUCGAGCCAUUAACUACGAAUUAGGUAAGAAGACGAUAUAAAGCCUAUCACAGAUAUAGCUUUAUAAAAAUAGCCAGCUUUUCUGCUAUAUAUUAUAAUAUUCAAUGAAACAAGCAUAGUCAACGUCUAAAUUGAAUUUUGAAAAAGUGAUCCCACUUCUGAAAAUUCUCGAUAUCGCUUCUAAUAUAUAAAUGAUGAUUAUAUUUAUAUAUUGAUAUUAUUCCUAAUAUUUGAUCGUUAAUAGUUAUAUCUGUGACGGGCUCAAGUAAUGACUAAGUAAAUGAAAGCUGCGGCCUCGAAGUAAUGUGAUAUUUUUGUAUAUACUGUAAGUCCCACUUAUUUUCGUAUACAUUUAAAUGGAUUCCUUUCUAACCGUACGAAGCGUUAAUAUUGGAUUUAACCGUGUUUCCACACUAUGUGAUCCGAUAUCCACAUUUAUAUACAUUUACAUAAACUACGAGUAAAGUCAUGUUUAUAUUAUAUUUGUUUGUCUUCUAUACGUUCUUAAACCAGUCACUUGAUUGUGUUGAAACUAGAUAGUACUUCUGCGUGUCCACUGAGGUUCCUAGUACGACCUUCCAAGAAAAAAUUGUCUAUUCACAAUUUUUUUUUAAUAAUUUUAUAUCUGCGUCAUCUAUGAUAAUAGGUAGAUUUUGUAAUUGAUUUGAAAAUAACAUGUUGAUUUCGUAUUGCAUUAAGCAAUUUAAUUGUUUACCUUCUCUACCAUCUAGCACAAAAGCACAACAUGGAUCAAAUAAUGUGGAAACUCAAAAGUAGAGAUGUAACUAUCCGGUCGUGCGGUCAGUUUAUAAUUAAGAUCUAUGUAUAAUUAAUAUAAUAUGAAAAGCAAUGUUUGACGCCCGACCGCGGCCUUUAACGGUUAAUAAUAAUUAAUUAUUAGGUAAGGUACUUAUGUAAAUAUUGAUAAUUUACUUAUCGAACUAGUGUAGUGAUAACUUAAUUAUAAAAAAUAGUCACUCUAUAACAAUCGAUUAACCUUUUUAAAAAAAAAUACAUACAAUCGAAGGGUACUAAACUAUGUUAUUGGUAAGUGUAUAUAUUAUUAUAUUAUUUUAUAAUGUCAUUUAAUGCUAUUUAUUGUGUUGUAUCAUUUGUGGUGUAACAAUUUUUUGUGUAUACUUAGGUACAUAUCAUGAAUCUGUAUUAUUUCAUAACGUUAUGGUGGAUAGGCGCAAGUGUUGAGUGAUCUACCCCCAACUACAUCAUUUAGUCGAGUGUUACUGUUAUAUUCACUAAAUAACGGUGUUUUACUUUUUUUACUUGUACUAAUUGCCUCGUUGGUCGAGUGGUUCGGUUCGAAUUUUGAGCCAAGCUAUGUAAUGUUGGGCUUUUCUUUCUUGUUAGAAAUUCUUAAAGGUUCUCUAAGUAAGCCCUUGGGUAGAAAAUCGGAAGGAAAUAAGACGUCCUUCUUUUUUGCCGACUGUGGCGAAGCCAAAAGGGAGGGUAGUGAUUUUGGCAGUCUAUGUAUGCUUGUUCCUUAUAUAGGUUUAGGGAGAUUCAAAGGGAGGUCUAUAAAACUUGAAUAUACAACUCAACUAAAUCACUCGGACAUCUUGUACCUACUUUGAUAUAGAACUCAGAUAAUUAGGUACCUAUAGUCAGAGCAGGUCGCUAACUAUUAGUUACAUUUAUUUUUUUCUAAUUACUAGUAACAUUUACUUUUACACUUAUUAGUUUAUUGUCCGCGUGUAGGUCACUCAAUACUUGUACAAACUAUUUUAAAGUUUCGCUAUCUUAAUGUAUUUUCAUUGAAUAUGGUUAUGAACCUUAUAAAUUUAGUAGGUAUUUGCGGCUUUUAUUAUUACGAUUUACAUGUAGGUAAAGUAAUGGCGGAACCAAAGCGAUUUUUUACACUAAAAUACAGAAUUUGCCACCACUUGUUAUGCUGCGACACAAACUUUUCUUGAUCAAUUUUAUUUUUACCCAGCUUUGUUUUAAUCGUAAAUAUUGAAGACAAUAAGGAAGAUUUAUACCUAUAUUAUUAUUAAUGAAUAUAAACGAAUAACGACUCGAAUCGAUAUCUAAAAUAUGAACUUAUUAGUAUUUAUAUUAUAGAAUGAUGUAAUAAUUUUAAAAAUAUUUGUGCAUCCCUAGUUAGUUCGGAUACACGCCAUGUAUGUUUUAUUUUUUUUAUUUAAACAUGCCAAAGCUCUGUUAUUGAUGUAUAAUUAAUUUGUAGACACUUAAAAAAGUAAAACUAUUGUAACAUUUAUAUAUGAAAAUAAAUAAUUAUAUUUAUCCAUUACCUAUUUAUACUUACCUAAUCUCUUUUAUUGUUACAUUACUGCGUGUAUUCGAAAUCAUUGUAAGUUUUAAAUCGUAAUUUAAUGGGGUAACACUAAGAUUUUUUGACAGCUGCUCAGUAAACCUGUCAUUUCGUGAAAAUCUGUCACAAUUCAAAGCAGCUAUCAUGUUUCUGAUUCGUAUGAAACUGCAGAACGCGAAAAAUUUGUCAAACUCCGUUAAUUCUUUUUAAUGACAUCUGGAUUCUCUGUAUGUAUAUGUAGAUGCGUCUGCAUUUGUUUAUUAUUUAAUAAAUAAUAACUGUUCCUAUAAAAUAUCUUUCAUUCCUGAUCAAUUUAGGUAUUUUAUUGAACAUGGCUACUAUAAUUGGCAUGUUGUUUAUCAUGGAAAAUUGUACCUAAUCUAUAUAUUAUAUCAAUCGUUGUAUUCAUCAUUAUUAUAGGAUCCAGAAAGUACUGUGAUUUGUAACUACCGCAGAAAAGAGUGCAAUGAGAAAGAUUACUAUAACAUUACAAAGAUGGCGCUUUAAACGUUAAAAUAUUUCAAUUUAUUUUUUUGUUUUGUUUUUUCGUAUACCGUAGGGAAAAGGCACUAUUUCAACAAUAUGAUUGGUUUAAUCCCUAGACAGAUAAAUACAUAGACGACUGAUUAGCGUGCCGUUGUCAGUCAAAAGAUUCAUUAAUCCCUGUUUUUGACACACAACACACUGUACUAAACGUUAAAAUGAAAGCUUAGAUUUAUUAAAUUCAAUUAUUUUGAUUAGGGAUUAGGACCAGCGAACUUACCUGUUAGGUUUAUUAAAAAAUAAAACUCAAUAUUAAUAUUACUAUUCAAGUACAUGGUAUGGUAAAAACUUUAUCUCUCUGUUAAGCUUAUAGUAAUCUUUUCCAUUGGUUAAAAUUUUAAGAUGAAAAUGAAGUGUUAUUCAAUUUUCACGGUAUUGGGUGCAUUUGUUAGUUCGUACUAACCAUAAGACAUAGAUAUGAGAUAGGUAGGUACUUUGAACAGUACAAAGAUAUGUAGAGUAACGGUAUAAUUUUAAUUGUCUACUAUUGCAGAUGGGUUGAAUAAACGAUUCCGAUCCCAAAUGA